UGGCAAGAGGCUGGGGCGGUAGCGAUUCAAAACACGGAGUCAGCCGGAGCCCACCCUGAGAAGAGCCAAUGGCCGGCCGGCGUCCGCGGCUCCUCUGGCUUAUCCCGUGCGGGCCGCUCCCGGUUUGGCCAAUGGGGUGGAAAAGGCGGGGCCAGGCUCGAAGGCGAAGACCCGCCCUCCGAGUAUUUCUGAGCGGCCCAAGCGCGAAGGCUUGGUUAGUAUACGCGGGUCGGAGGGGGGAGGAGGGUCGGGUUGGGGUGGUUGCUACGAGGCGCGCGCGAAGCGGGUUGCUAGGGAGGACGGGCAGGCGGGGUCCGGGCGCGGUGGGCUUGAGGGGGGGCGAUGCUGUGCACCCUUACCUGCGAGUAGACCGCGUGCACCACGGUGCGGCUUACCGUCGGGUAAGGAUUUCGUGUGGUUUUCAGAGCUGUGGGGGAAAUGGACGCCUUUGGUCGGGCUCCGGAGUAGGGCUCUCUUAUCAAAUACCGUUGAGGAAAUAAGCCUUGCAACCCCCCCCCCCAAAAAACCCCAACAACCUCGUCACAUAUUUUUGGAGAGGACCUAACUAAAAUUGCAUUAUAAAAUGUUUGAGGAGGUUAUGUGGUGUCCUCUUGUAUCUGUUUAGUCGGAAGUAAGUCCCAGUAGGGCUUUACUCCCUCGUAAAUUAAGAUUUAAAUAAAUACAUUUAGGGCCUAGGCGUCACAAGGUAGCUCACACAACAAAAUUCUCAAAGCCUGUUAACAAAAGAGCAGCUUAAAAACAAGGCCAGAGGAGCUCUGUUUAAAAAUGUUCAUAGAGGUUUUAAAGCAACUCAGCACUGGAGCUUCAGAAAUGGAAGAAAAACAAGAGUGUUGUAUUUUCAGAAACAGCCUUAUGAUAGAAAUGCAAAAUAGAUUGCUUUCCUUGAAGUAGCCAGAUAAUGCUGUUUUGAAUUGUGGGUGCCUGGUUCUCCUAAAUUCCUGAGUUUGAUAGGUGUUAGAACUUAAUCAGUGCUUGGAGUGUUAAAAAGGCUGACAGACAGUGGAGUUAGCAAUAUUAAAAUACAGGCCAAACCAGCUUCCAGGUCAGGAAACCACCUGGGAAAUUAGUUAAAGACAAAGGAAAGGCAACGGCCAUUAGAAAUGUAAGAGAGACAAGACUCUGGGCCAACCAGCAAACAGGCAGAGCCACACCCAGAACUCCGAGAUAGUUAGCUGAAACAGAAUAGUUGCAGUCUGUAAAGUGUGGCAAGAUGGAGAAAGGGCGAGCCUUGGCUGGUGUCUUUUUUAAUCCUAGGCUGUUGUGGCUAUGGGAGAAGCCAUAACCUCUUGGAGUGUAAUGCUGGGAGCCCUCCAUUUCAGGCUCAGGUUGUAUAUACGUAUAAAUAAACCAUAUAUCAUAAAGACACCACAGUCCCUGCUUUUCCUCAUUUCCAGACCCUGGAACCCUUGGGAUAUCACACAGCUUGGAGAUUGGGGAGGUGUGUAACAAUACAAUUACUGUAAUUGCUUUUUGAAAUGGACUGUCAAGUCCCACUUGUAGAUCACAAAUAGAUUUUAAGUUACAGAAAGUAAAGAGUUGGCAAUAGUGAACAGUUCUCCAAAUGGAGAAAAUGGAGUCUCUUUAGGAUGGGUAUUGGAACAGUGAAGCGACUACAUCUUCCCACAGGCGUCUUGUGGGCCACUGUGAGAAACAGGAUCCUGGCCUGACGCAGCAGUUCUUAUGUUCACUGCUGCUACAAUAAAUGUUAAGUUUUAAGGUACUGCAAGAUUCAUAAAACAACUGUCCCUUUUGUUAGAGACAGCUUGUGAAUCAGGGUAGCCAUAUUAAAGGAGAAGAGGAGAGGGGCCUCCUGUAUCUUUGAUAAUUGAGUAGAACAGGGAAUCACGGCAGGACAAGCUGCACCUGUCAAGCUUUCCUCUUGUAUGCAGCUAUUAAUGGGCAACCUUUGUACCUUCAGGUGUUGUUUGAUUCCCAUAAUUCCUGACCAUUGGCUGUGCUGGUUGGGGCUGAUAGAGGAGCUGGAGUCCCAACAGUUUCUGAAGGGCCGCAGCUCCCGCCGCCCCUGUAUUUAAAGGUUAACGGCAACCUUUUUAUUCUGAGAGGGGGCAGCCACACCUCCUUACAGCAGAAACAGCAACAAAAAAUUGGCAUUUCAAAAACUGGGGAAUGUGUUUGAAUCAUAAGCUUUUACUGGAUUAGAGGUCACCUUCAAAUAAUUGCAUUCUUCAGUUUUUAUAUUUAAAUUGCUUUUUCCUGAUGAAAUUAUUUGAACUAUUCAGGACUUUUCUGCCAUAUGUAAAUAGCUUUAAGUAGAGUUCCUUCAUCUUUCCAGUGACGUUGGAGGCUUCUGCUAUUCAUACUUUUUGUACAAGCCCUUGUUUUAUACAAUACAUACUGUGGCAUUAUCAAAAGACAGAGUUUGAGUAUAAUGGAGGUUACAGAGAAAACCUGACUAGUGAUCACUGUUCCUUGUGUUGAUUAUAAUGCCAUUCAUGCUUACCUCAGGCAUCUGUUUAAAUGGAGGAAUCAAUUUACUUUAAUCAAUGUCAUUAUAUGUCUACUUCAUCUGUUGGAGCUAAAUAUUGAUAAAGGUCACCUUUGCCAUCCGAUUAACUGUUUUUAGAUUGCUGUUUCACCAUUCUAUUCAAGCGUUUCUAACAGUUUGUUUUAUGGUUCAGGUGGAUUCAGUAUCCCAGUUUUUGUUACAGUAUCCUAAAAAAAGAUACAUUGUUACUCCAUCUUCUCCCCCACCCACUGCCCCAGAUAGGUGGUGUGAGAGAGAGGGAGAGGCGUUCCCCUUUUAGUUUCACCUUCCAUGAUUAUUAUUUUUUUACUGGGAGACGUUACUGAAGAGACUACCACCAGAAAGCAUUUAACUACACAGAUAUGGGAUAGAAGGGUUUGAUCCUGUUCUUGUCAAUUGUAAAGUGGAAGCUGUGAGGGCAAAAUAUUUAUCACAGUGUGAGACAAGGAUAAAUAGAUGAGAAAAUGUUGCCCUCUUGUGGAUCAUGCGAAGCGACUAAUCACACAUAGAUUUAUGUCCUUUGACAAUAUUCAUCUUAAUCCAUGGAAGGCAUUUUGCAUUUACGGAUAUUAACCAGGAAAAAUAAAAACAGGUUUUUUUACUAGAUUUGGAGUGGUCAUCUUUGUAACUUUCAAAAUAAUCAAAUUUUGGCAACUGCAAAAAACCAAAUGUAAAGCUUAAGAUUUAAAAAAUACUAUGUAUAUAUUCCAUCACUUUAAUUUUGCCUUGUACCUUUCUUCUGUUCACUCCUUGUGUGCAGGCAUAUACACAUCCAUCUCAUGACAAAAUUAUUCCUAAAGGGCAUUUCUUAUUUUUCACAAAAUCGUGGUUAAUAGACUCAGAAUAUGAAUCCAUAUCUAACAGUGACUGCCCUCUUAAAGCUGCAUUGGAAAUGUGGUAAUGCUCACAGUUAAAUUUGCAAAUAAAAAUGGAAAACUCUCUUCCAUACAGCAGUAGAUCACACAAAAGUGUUUCAGUUUAUUAGGUGCAACUAUUCAGCAGCAGAACAGGGAUAGACUCUCCAUAAGUUGUUUGACUACUCCCAAUGGCUUUAGCUGGCAGGACCAUGGUCAAGGAUAAUGAGAGUUGUUCUCUAUCAUCUGGAGCUCCUUGGGUCCUCUAUCCCUGAAGCAGAGCCAUUUGUGACGCUAUAGUUUUAAACUGAACAAAAGAGCCCUGCUGGAUCAGACCAAAGGCCCAUUUCGUCCAGCAUCUUGUUCUCACAGUGGCCAGCCAAAUGUCUCUGGGAAGCUUCCAAAGGGGACUUGAAUACAGCAGUACUCUCCCCACUUGGGAUUCCCAGCGCUAGUGUUUACAUAGAGACAAUGGAAUUGCACAUAGCCUGUAGUUACCCAUAGGCUUACCUGCUAUGGAUUUGUCUAAUUCCCUUUUCAAGUCAUUUAACAUGAGCAGCAGGCUUGAGGUAUAUGAUCCGCAAGCUGAUUUCCAACUCUAAAAUUCUGUUGUUCUAUGUAAAUGCUUUAGAUAAUCUGCAAUUUGCCUUUCUGUUUCCUAUAAUAAAGUGUCCAGUCAUGUGCCAUAUACUAUAGUGUUGCUUCCAGUAUUGUGAUUUUGUUGUUUGCUGUUUUCCUCCUCGCAGUCCUACAAACAUUGCACAGAUAUGCAAAUGCCAGAAAAUUAUCCAACUUUUCAUUGGAAUGAAACUACAAAAAUCUAUACAGUAUAAUACAUCCGAAGGCAAAAACUGGAACUGUAACAGCCUGUAACUGUUUUAUCAUAUUAUUAUUUACCUCCUAGGGGAAGAAAAAUACCACUGUGGAAAAAUGAAGUUUUUUUCAAGAAUUCAUCCAAAUGCCCUGGCAUACUCAAUGACGACUUUAGGUGCUGGGAUGAUGAACAGCAUAUUUAAUUUUUAUUAUGUUAAACUCUUUUUAAACAAAUACAAGAUAUCUGAAGCAGCAUUCCAUCAAGCACAGGUACAGUCAAUGCCAACAUUAGUUUUUCUGUUGUUUGGGGGUGUUUCCCAGGUCAUUAUUUUGAAUACAGAAUUAGCAGUGUCUUUUAUUUAAUGUAAGCAAUUUCUAUACUGCUUUUCAAGUCCUCCCAAGGCAGCAUGCAGUAAAAAAAGUCACAGCAAAACAAUGAAACCAUUAAUACCGUAUUUUUCGCCCCAUAGGACGCACCUAGUUUUUUGGGGGGGGGGGAAUAAAGGGAAAAAAAUUAUUUCCCCCCCCAGGCGCGGGGGCUGGCACGGGGGAAGCCUGAGAUUCCCCAGCCCCCAGAACAGGCUGCCGCCCCAAGACUUGCGCGCGAGGCUUAUGGACAUCUGCCUGAAGCAAAGGGCGGGCUCCGCAGCUGGCCCCCUGCUUUGGGCUGCAGGCUGCCGCUUCAAGCCUCGCGCGCCCGGCGGGACCUCCCACCGGGCACGCGAGGCUUGCGGACAUCUGCCCGAAGCAGGGGGCGGGCUCCGCAGCUUGCCCCCUGCCUCGGGCUGCAGGCUGCUGCCCGCAAGCCUUGCGCGCCCGGCGGGACCUCCCGCCGGGCACGUGAGGCUUGCAGAUAGCUUCCUGAAGCCUGGAGAGCGAGAGGGGUCGGUGCGCACCGACGCCUCUCGCUCUCAAGGCUUCAGCGAAAGCCUGCAUUCGCCCCAUAGGACGCACACACAUUUCCCCUUCAUUUUUGGAGGGGAAAAAGUGUGUCCUAUAGGGCGAAAAAUACGGUAAUUACCAGCACAAUUGAAAUGAAUAUGUUAUUUUAAUCAAUAAAAACAAACCAGCAGCAGAUUAAACCAUAUAAAACACCACUGUCUGCUCCCUCAUUGCCAGCUCAGGAUACUAGCUAUCCUAAUUCGACUAAAUGAAAAGCUGGUUGGAAAAUAAAAGUUUUAUGGCUUUCCUAAAAGAAAUCAAGGACACUACUGUAAUUCAUUACUGUUUGUAUGGUUAUGUGUUAGUUUGUGUUAUGUAUUCAGUGGUGUGGGCCUCAGAGGUGGCCUCUUCAGCCGAGAAUUGUUGAUAAUGCCUUGUUGAGGGUGCACUUAAGGGAAAUGACAAUUGGGGUCUCCCAUCAAGUGUGCAGAACUGGCUCGAGGAGCCCUUGUUCAAUGAGGUGAUCCAGCUCUGCAUCGAUCUUAGGCUUCAGGGCGAAUGGCACCCGCCAAGCCUUCAUGCGGAUUGGUACUACAGCUGGGUUGAGGCUCAGUGCAACCGGUGGAUCCUGAAAUGUUCUGUGAUUGGGUAUCAUGUAUUGAAUCAGAACACGGGGGCUCAUAAUCCUUAGUCCAAAACUCAAGCUCAGGCCAACACAGAUCACUGAAUACAUAACACCUUGUACAUAUGUUUAUGAUAAAAAAAUAUAAAAAAAUAAACUAUUACUGACAUUGCCUUGCGACAUAUGAGGAAAGUGGUUAAUAAAUUAUAAAUUUUAGUUGGAAUUUUAUUUAAUGCUGCUGUUUUAGGUACUGUAUUUUUUGCUCUAUAAAACUCACUUUUUCCCUCCUAAAAAGUAAGGGGAAAUGUGUGUGCGUCUAUGGAGCGAAUGCAGGCUGCGCAGCUAUCCCAGAAGCCAGAACAGCGAGAGGGAUCGCUGCUUUCGCUGUGCAGUGAUCCCUCUUGCUGUUCUGGCUUCUGGGAUUCAGAAUAUUUUUUUCUUGUUUUGUUCCUCCAAAACCUAGGUGCGUCUUAUGGUCUGGUGUGUCUUAUAGAGCAAUAAAUAUGGUAAUUGUAUUUUUAUAUUGUUAUAUAUGUCCCUUUGAAAGAUACAUACAAAUAUUUUCAUUGUACAGUGGUACCUCGGGUUAAGUACUUAAUUCGUUCUGGAGGUCCGUUCUGUUCUGGAGGGAAACUGUUCUUAACCUGAAGCACCACUUUAGCUAAUGGGGCCUCCUGCUGCUGCCACACUGCCAGAACACGAUUUCUGUUCUCAUCCUGAAGCAAAUUUCUUAACCUGAGGUAAUAUUUCUGGGUUAGUGGAGUCUGUAACCUGAAGCAUAUGUAACCCGAGGUACCACUGUAUUUCCUCAUGUACCACUGGUAUAUUUUCCAGUGGGUUUUCCAGAGUCAAGAAAAGGCCCAUCAACAUAUGCUUUUAACUUGUAAUUUUGUUGGCCCGCUCUUAUGCCCCUUAUUUUGUCAUUAUUCCUUAUAUUUUAUGUGAAUACCUUCAAAAUCAAAAUAAACAAUAACGGAGACAACAGGCAUCCUUGUAUGCUUCCUUUCAUAACCCUACACACCCCUCAGUUGUUGUAUUACAUACAAUAAUAUUUGCACGUUGUUCAGUAUAUAUUGCUUCUAUGGCCUUUAGGAAGGUUUCCCCCAGGUCCACUUCCCUCAAAACGCUUUUCAUAAAUAGCCAAGUCAUGUUGUCAAACGCUUUCUCCGUAUCUAAGAAUAUCAACACUGCCUGUUUUUCGUUACGGACUUCUAAGAAUUCUAUUAUGUUAAUUAUAUUUCUAACAUUGUCUUUUAACCGUCUGCCAGGAAGAAAGACUCCUUGGUCCUCAUGUAUUAGAUCGCUCAUAAUUUUUUUAAGCCUGUUGGCCAAUAUUGCUGCAGACAUUUUAUAAUCGCAGUUUAGUAAUGAAAUCGGGUGAAUUUUUUUUUUUUUUUUAAAUAAAUUUUUAUUAAUUUUCCAAACACAAAAUAAAAAGACAAACAAUACACAAUACACCGACAUACAAACAUAUAAACAUGUAUAAUUUCAUAACCAUUUUUUCAUAAACCUUACUUUCCGGACUUCCCCAUACCUCCCCUUUUCUGCAUCCUUGUUUUAUAUUUUUUCAGCAACUCCUCAGUCAACUAAUUAUUCAAUUCAUUUUCUUUUAAAUUCUUCUAAUAUUGUUAAUUACAGCUGCAAUUCUCUGUUUCCCUACCCCUUGACAUUUUAACAUUCCUGAAUUUUACAACAAGUUCUAAGAUAAACUUUGAAUUUCUUCCAAUCUUCUUCCACUGUCUCUUUCCCCUGGUCACGGAUUCUGCCAGUCAACUCCGCCAGUCCCAUGUAGUCGAUCACCUUCGUCUGCCAUUCUUCCAGUGUGGGUAGUUGUUGUGUCUUCCAAUACUUUGCUAGAAGAAUCCUUGCUGCUGUGGUCGCAUACAUAAAAACGUCCUGUCCUUCCUUCUCACCAAUUGGCCGACAAUGCCCAGGAGAAAAGCCUCAGGUUUUUAGGGAAGGUCCAUUUAAGAACCUUCUUAAUUUCAUUAUAGAUCAUUUCCCAAAAAGCUUUUAUCCUCGGGCAGGUCCACCAAAGGUGAUAAAAAGUACCUUCAGUCUCAUUACAUUUCCAACAUUUGUUAUUGGGCAGAUGAUAAAUUUUUGCAAGCUUGACUGGGGUCAUGUACCACCUGUACAUCAUUUUCAUAAUGUUUUCUCUUAAGGCAUUACAUGCCGUAAAUUUAGUACCUGUGGUCCAGAGCUGUUCCCAGUCAGCAAACAUAAUGUUAUGACCAAUGUCUUGUGCCCAUUUUAUCAUAGCUGAUUUCACCGUUUCAUCCUGUGUGUUCCAUUUCAACAGCAGAUUAUACAUUCUCGACAGAUUCUUAGUAUUGGGUUCUAACAGUUCUGUUUCUAAUUUUGACCUCUCCAUCUGGAAACCUAUUUUCCUGUCCUGUUUAAAUGUCUCGUUUAUCUGAAGGUAGUGCAACCAAUCUCGCACUUUGGACUUUAAUUUCUCAUAACUCUGUAAUUUAACUUUUUCCCCAUCUUGUUCUAAAAUUUCACAAUAUUUUGGCCAUUUAGACUCCAUAUUAAGUUUUUUCACCUCUUUAGCUUCCAUUGGUGACAACCACCUGGGAGUUUUACUUUCCAGUAAAUCUUUAUACCGCAUCCAAACAUUAUAUAAUGCUUUCCUAACAAUAUGGUUUUUGAAACCUUUAUGCAGUUUUACCUUAUCAUACCAUAUAUAUGCAUGCCAGCCAAAUCUAUUGUCAAACCCUUCUAGAUCCAAAAUGUCUGUAUUCUCAAGAAGUAGCCAAUGUUUCAACCAGCAGAAAGCCGCCGAUUCAUAGUAGAGUCUUAAGUCCGGCAGGGCAAACCCCCUCUAUCUUUUGCAUCAGUUAGAAUCUUAAAUUUUAUUCUGGGCUUUUUGCCCUGCCAGACAAAUUUAGAUAUAUCUUUCUGCCACUUCUUGAAACAGUCCAUCUUGUCCAAAAUCUGCAAUGUCUGGAAUAAAAACAACAUUCUAGGCAAUACAUUCAUCUUGAUAACAGCAAUUCGACCUAACAAAGAGAGUUUCAACCUUGACCAUAUUUCUAGAUCUUUCUUUACCUCUGUCCAACAUUUGUCAUAAUUGUCCUUAAAUAAAUUGACAUUCUUAGAUGUUAAGUUUACCCCCAGAUACUUUACUUUUUCGUUAUCACUAAACCUGUUUCAUUCUGAAACUUCUCUUUUCAGCCAAUGUUAAAUUUUUAUCCAACACUUUCGUUUUCUGCUUGUUCAGUUUAAAUCCUGCUACUUGACCAAAUAUCUCAAUUAGUUCUAAUACUCUUUUAGUACUAGUAUCUGGCUGUUGCAAGGUCAGUACUAGAUCAUCUGCAAAUGCCCUUAGCUUGUAAUGUCUAGCUCCGACUUGUACUCCUUUAACCAACUGGUCUCCUCUAAUCAUGUUUAACAAAACCUCCAGGACUAAUAUAAAAAGUAAAGGGGAUAUUGGGCACCCCUGUCGUGUACCUUUUUCUAUAGAUAUUUCUUCCGUGACCACAUUGUUUACAAUUAACUUUGCUUUUUGUUUAGAAUAUAUUGCACCUAUACCGUUUUCAAACCCUUGACCUACCCCCAUCCCUUGGAGAUUCUUCUUCAUAAAGCUCCAACCAAUAUUAUCAAAGGCUUUCUCCGCGUCCACAAAAAUUAAAACAGCCUUCCUAUUGAUGUCCACUUCUAACAGUUCCAAAAUGUCUAUAAUGUUCCUCACAUUGUCCGACAUAUGUCUCCCUGGAAGAAAGCCAGUUUGGUCCUUAUGAAUCUCCCCUACCAACACUCUCUUCAGUCUUUUUGCCAUAAUGUCUGCAAAAAUUUUGUAAUCCACAUUGAGUAAUGAUAUAGGGCGGUAGUUUUUAACCUGGUUCUUUUCAGUUUCAGUUUUCGGUAUAAGUGAAAUAAAGGCUUCUUUCCACGACUCUGGUGCCUUUUUCCCCUCCAAAAUUUCAUUGCAUACUUCCUUCAGUGGUUGUACUAGCCAUUCCUUCAACGCUUUAUAAUAUCUGGCGGUCAAACCAUCUGGUCCUGGAGAUUUUCCCAAUUGCAUCUUCUGAAUGGCACCCUCUAUUUCUUGUCCUGUUAUUUUCUCAUUCAAAAUCCUUCUGCUUUGCUCUGAAAUUUUUGGUAAUCCAUGUUUCUUAACAAAUUCUUCUAUUUCCUGUUCGUUGACUGGCCCUUGUGCAUAUAAUUUCCUGAAGUAACUUUGGAAACAAUUACUUAUCUCGUUUGGUUUGUGGAUAAUUUUUCCAUCCACUUCUAAACUUGUCACAGUGUUCAGUUUUUGCCUCUUUUUCAAUUGCCAUGACAGAAAUUUCCCACAUUUAUCUGCUGAUUCAAAUGUCUUUUGUCUCAUUUGCUUUAUUUUCCAUUCUAUCUCUUGGUUCAUCAAUUCCAUAUAUUGCACCUGAUAGUGCUUUAUUUCUCUCAGAAUCUCAUGGGACUUUGGUUUAGACCUCAAUUUCUUUUCACCUUCUUUUAUUUUUUCCAGAAUUUUUUCUUUCCUUUCAUUUUGAUUUUUCCUCUUUAUGGAGUUCUGUUGUAUUAGAAAACCUCGCAUCACGGCCUUACUUGCGUCCCAGAUUAUUCUUUUUCCACUUCUGUUCUCAAAUUUAUCUCAAAGUAAUCUUUCAGUGUUUUUUGGGCCUUCUUAUAAAUCUCUUCAUCUCUAAAUAGGGUGUCAUUCAUUCUCCAUCUAAAGGAUCCAGUUGAUGCUAGUUUCAUCUCCAUCUUUACAGCAUUAUGGUCGGAGCAAGUCUUUGAGCAGAUUUCUACCUUUUUGAUCCUUGGCGCCAUACUGCUAGUUACCCAAAUUUGGUCAAUUCUUGUCCAUGUCAUUUUUGCUUCAGAGAAAAAGUUCCUCUCUCUCAAGAGGGUUCCUUGUUCUCCAAAUGUCAAUCAAGUCCAUAGUUUCAGUCAUUUCAAAAAAAGUCUUUGGUAGUCUCCUUCCUUGGAAAUUACUUGUCUUUGUGCUUUGUCCAUAUUUGUGGAAACUACACCAUUCAUGUCUCCCAUCAUUACUACUCUAUAGUCUAAAUAGUCCAUUAAAGUCUCAUGCAGCUUCUUAAAGAAUUCCGCCUUCCCGUCAUUUGGUGCAUAAAUUCCGACUAUCAAGAUUUUUUCUCCUUGAACUUGUAUUUCAAUUGCCAGGUAUCUUCCUUGUUCAUCUUUAAAUAUCAUCUUUGGGGCCAAUUUUUCUUUUGCAUAGAUCACCACGCCUCUUUUCUUAACUUUGUCUGAUGAAAUAAAUUCCUGUCCAAGUCUCUUAUUUACCAAUAAUUUCCUAUGUGUCCUGGUCACAUGGGUCUCUUGUAGACAUAUUAGGUCUAAUUGUUCUCUUUUCAAAAUAUGAAAAACUUGACGUCUUUUCGGGGAAGGUUCAAACCAUUACAAUUCCAACUAAGAAGCUGCAGAGACAUUUUGUUAUUUAGGUACCUGUUCCACCGACUGCUCCUAACUUUUGUUCAUCUACAGAUGGUGGUAUGAGUCCAAAUGACAAGUUUGCAAUGUCUGUCACUCCUUUGUCUUGUAUUGUUGUUUCUACUGUUCCUUUCUGCAAGUCCUCCUGAUAUCUCUCCAAAAACUGUUCUUUAUCUUGAACUGUUCUUAUUUUGACCUUCCUUCCUUUGAAAGUAAAAGACAAUCCUUGUGGAAACUCCCACCUGAAGGGUAUGAUAUUUUUCUUCAGCAGGUAGACCAAAUCUUUAUAGAAGGCUCUCACCUCCAAAAUAUAUUUAGGGAUAUCUUUAAAAAUUUGUACUUGACUAUUUUCAAUCUCCAAUGCCUUUUGGUAAUGCAAGUUCAAUAUUUUAUCUCUUUCUCCUUUGGAUCUCAAUGUAAUCAAACAAUCCCUUGGCUUCUUACCUUGCCUCCUGCCCAGCCGAAAAGCUGUUGUUAUUUCAAGAUCUUCUUCCUGCAGCUCCUUUUGCCAAAAUUCCAUAAAGUUCUGUGUAAGGAAGUCCACAAGGCUAUCUCCCUCACUCUCGGGAACCAAUCUCAAUUUCAGAUUUCUCUCUUUUCUCUGUAAUUCCAGCAAAGAUAGGGCUGCAUCAUGUUCAUUCACUUUUUUUGUAAUCGGCACAAGCUCCUCCCUUGUCUCCUCUGCAGUAUUUUUUGCACUUUCAGCAAUCUUUCGUGUUUCAGAACUUUCUUGAAUUAAUUUAUUAAUAGAUUCUGUAUUAGAUGUUACACUUGCAGUAUUCAAGUCCAAUCUUGCUGUCAGUUCUGUCAAUUUUUUGAAUUUUCCGUAGAUAGCUUUGUCAGUGCUUCUAAAGAUUGGUUUAUUUUGAGCAGUGCCUGUGUCAUUGAAUCCAUAGAUGCUGUUGCCACUUUUUCCUGUGCAGCUGGUGGUAUGCCAGAUAUUGAGCCCCUUUUCUUUUGUGUCUGUUUUGCUUUGGAUCUAGUUGUUAUCUCUUCUGCUGGACCACUCAUAUCCUCAAGGUCGUUCUCACAGGAAAGACUUGCAAGUGGAAAAUCCCACUGUUUCUUUUUCACUAUAACAGUUUCUCUUUAUACCCUCUAGAGGGAGCAUUUAAUUGUAUCCAAGUGAAGAGAGAAAGAACAAAGGAACAUAGAGCAAUCAACAAAAAUCCAAGAGUCCACAGUAAAAGUUUCUGUCGCACUUUUUCAGUAUAGUCACAAGUUCAACAAAGUAAUUCCAUUAAAGUCCCGUAACUUUGUCUCAGACAAAACCCCAACUUUGUAUCCAGUCUAAACUGACAGUUCACUUUCCCAGUGCCUUACUCAGGCAGUCCGUUCAGGGAUUUGGCAGUGAAAGAUGUUUUUUCCUCAGUUAAUUUCAGGCAGAUUAACAGUGUCCAAUUUUCUUCCCCCCUUCUCCUGCUUACUGGGGGGAAGUUUAAGUCAAAUGUCAGGUUUGACAGCUCAAAGAUAGUUUUCUUUCAAAUGCAGCUUUGCUCUUUCGUUGCUUUAAUUGCCAUGCAGAUCGGGGAGGCAGACUUCCUUAAUUUAUGCCUUUCCCGUUUUCAGCCAAAUUUCAGAAUUUAAAUUUAAAUGUCCCAUUCAAUCCCUCCGUCUUACUCACGGGGUUUACAGUCGAAUUUAUGGUUCAGGAAGGAAUCGGCGCUCUCCGUUCAUGGCGAUGCGGCUUCACUCCACGAGCUGGGUUGCGACUCUCAGCACCGCGCUACCCCCGAUGCCGCUCCGUAGCCUUUAAAAAGGCUCUUUCACAGUACCGAGGGGCGCAAAAGGUGCCCACCGAGUCUCCUUGUUCACAGGCUUCAGCGCCUGUGAUUUUAGGGGUCCCCCGCUCGCCGUAGCGGGUCAGACCCGAACUCGCGAAGCAGUCCUCCUCCGGAGCUCGAAGCGAGGACCGCCAUUAAACGCUGGCGCCGACCGGAAGUCCCAAAUCGGGUGAAUUUUUUUUUUUAGGGUUUGUCAUGUUUAGGUAUCAAGGUGAUAUAGGCCCCUUUCCAAGUUUCUGGUACUUUUCCUAUUUCCAAUACUUUAUUCAUAAUGUAUUUCAAUGUAAAUUAGGGACAUGGGAGAGGGCCUUCUUGGUGGCUUCUCCCAGACUUUAAAACUCCCUCCCUAGAGAAGUUAUACUGGCUCUCUCUUUCCUGUUCCACCAUGUUUUUGUGUACUGACUGCUUUUAAUGAAAGGGCUGGUGCUAUUCUGUUUUUAUUGUACUUAAUUGUACAGUGGGUAUGUGGGGAUGUCUCUCUGUGCAGCAUUUGAAACUCCCAUUAUUCCAGGCACGUUUUGCGACGGAAUUUCAUUAAUAUGAGCAGUUUCUGAGCUCUAGGCACAGUACUGCGCCCAAGAGUUGAGAUUAAAACUGCCACUACUGGAAGGAAAGGAGGACCUUUUUUCUGCCUCCCCACUUCUAGCCACUCUGAAGACUGCAGAAGGGACUCUCUCAUAAGACUAUAAGGGGGGUGGGCAGGGGAAAUACAGCUUUUUUUUCAGAUUUUAGCUGCAGUUCAUUCAUUUUCAGCUUUGUAUUCUUGUUACUAAAAAAGUUCUCCUAGACACACCAUUGCAGUGCCCAUAACCUAGGUUUAAGGUGCCAUUUAGCUCCUAGCUUUCAUAUCUUAGUUUCUAACACUGUCUGUGUCUGUAUAGGUGUAUAGAUAAUUGUUUUUCUAUGUUUUUAGUUCUUAUUUAUAUCAAUAAGCCACCUUGAGUCCAUGUCAAGAAAAAAGGUGGGGUAAUGAUAAUAAUAAUAAUAAUGUUUGGAAUCAGUGUUUUUAAUUAUAUGUGCAAAUGCAGCAAACAGGAUGGCACACACCCACAUCUUGACUUUUGUGGAAGUUCUCCUCAGCAGCUGCCAUCAGCACAGACACUAGAAAAUUAUUUUCUUAGGCAUCCCUAAGCCCCAGUUUCCCAUCUCUACUCAACUCAAGAAUAAAGCUCAUUGGGUGAUCUUGGACCGGUCGUUAUCUCUUAACCUAAGUUAGGCUUGUAGUAAGGGCAAAAGGAGUGAGGGAUAGCCAAGCUUCUUGGAUGAAGGUUAAGAGACAAAUAGAAUGAGUGCAACAUUUUCUCCUGAGAUUUAAAUUGCCCCCGUUCCAAUUGCGUUUUCUUUUCUUUUCUUUACGUUACUAGUGUUGAUUUGUCAUUUAUUUACUGGUUUUAAACUUUUUCAUUUUAUAAUUCAUGUUAUAUUUUUAUUGAUACGAUACGUUUUCAGUUGUACAAGCUACUAUGCGAUUUCUGCUGAGCCAUGAAAAGUGGUGCAAAUGUUUGUAAAUAAACAAACAAACUGGUGUUCUUUUUAUUUUAUUUUACUCAGGUUGUUUUUAUGAUCUGGAAUGCCAUUAACGACCCUCUCUUUGGCUAUAUUCAAGACAACUCCAAAGUGCCAUGCUGCUCCAGGCGUCAGUUUUCCAUUUUGUAUGGAGCUCCCUUGUAUGCUUUGGCCUUUCUUCUUCCUUGGUUUCCUUGGAAACAAUAUGAAGAAGGUGACUGGCUUAGCGGACUUCAUCUUAUCGUUGCUUUGUGCGCUUUCGAUGGCCUGCUUACGUUCGUCUUGCUAGCACAGUGUGCCCUCUUUGCAGAAAUUUCAACUAGACACGAAAAUAGGCUCCAGCUUAUUAAGUAUAAUCAAGUGGCAACCUUGGUUGGCUCCACCAGCAUCCUUUUCUGUGGCUUAAUUUCAGAUAACAUGGAGAACUUCACCUAUUUUCAAGCAUUUGCUGUUCUGGUAGGAGCAGUCGCCACUGCUUGCAUGUGCUACACUGGAAUGUAUAGCACCACUCAGUAUGAACAAAAAGAAACUCUAAUGGAGGAAUUUGAGGAAAAUGCUGAGAGCUCUCUCUCUUGGUCCUCUGUGAUUUUGUUGACAAAACAGAUCAUGACUCAGAAAAACUUUUUGCUUUUUGUGACCAUGAACUUCUUUCAAGUCUUCCACUUGGCCUUCUGCAACAAUUUCAUGAUGAUCUUUGCAGAUAACCUCAUCCCUAAGGACGUUCUAUCAUCAUCUAUCAGAAGUAUCAUGUAUGGGGCAGGUUUUAUUUGUCCUCAGGUAGGCAGAGAAACCUUUUGUUCUUUUCUCUUAAGACAAAAAUAUGCUGGUUCUCAGCAGAUUUAUUUGCUUACACUGAUUGCCAAGAAUAAUUAUGCAUUACCUUGCAGAAAACCUUUAUACUGCAAAACUAACCUUUGGUGCUACUGAUUUCUCCCAAAGGAAUUCAACUGAUGCACAUACGGUUUGACUAAAGGGGAAGCUGGCUCUUCAGUGUGUGUUUGUAUGCUUUUUGGUACUUUAAAAAAAAAAAGUUAGUAAAAACCUGUUAAGAACAAGUAUGGGAUUAAAAAUUGUGAGGGAUCACAUUUUCUGAAAGCCAGGUAAAUCUAUGGUGUUGAACCUGGAGCAGUAGUUCUCAAAUGAUAAGGCUGGCCUCUCAAGGGCAGGGGAAUUUAAUAACAAAUGGCCUCUUUACUAUUCAGGGUGGAGGGCAACAUAUUUUACUUGCUGAUUUCCUUUCAUUUUUUCCUAUUCAUUAGUACUGUUUUUUCCUUUGUUCUUCUCUUCCACAUUUCCCCCUCACUAAAUUCAGAGAUUCCCUAUACAGUCAUACCUCGGGUUAAAGUAGUUUCAGGUUAAAUAUUUUCAGGUUGCGUCCCACGGCGACCUGGAAGUAACGAAACGGGUUACUUCCGGGUUUCACCGCUCACGCAUGCGCAGACACUCAAAAUGAUGUCAUGCGCAGAAGCGGCGAAUCGCGACCUGCAGACGGGGGGUCGCGUUCUGCUCAGGAUGUGAACAGGGCUCCGGAACGGAUCCUGUUUGCAUCCAGAGGUGCCACUGUACUUUGAAAAUGUGAAUAGGAGAGCUGCUUCUAUUUCAUAGGGAAGGGAGGAUAAAGUGUGGGACAGCAGUAGUUGGAGGAGAACACCACAUGGAUGAGGAGGAAUUAAGAGACACAAGGGCUUCAUGAGCCACAUUAAGCUGAGGCGCAUAGAUGGGUCCUUAGCAUGUUACACUGGAUACACGAAUGAGCUGUUUAGCUAGUACAAUAGCUAUGUAUUUGCAAGUGGACAUUUUGAUGUGGAUUUAUAAUUAUUAAAAUCCAGACAAUGCAACAGUGUGUGUGUGUGUGUGUGUGGCUCGAUCUAAAAUGCCACUUUAUUUUUAUUGCUAUUUUCAGAAUGCAAAUAGAACAACAAGAAAGGAGCAGCGUCGGCUCCCAUUAACAAUUUAAAAACCCACCAGUCCUUUGGACAGUCAUUUGUCCAAAUAGAUAUCCAAAUGAGAUUGGCUAUUAUAAGGCAUAUGUUCAAAUGUUGGUGAUGUAAUGCUGAUGUUGCCUUUUUUGAAGAAUUGGAUGGUCAGGGUAUCCUGUGGUGCUUUCUUUCUGGUUAGAAAUAAUUUACCAUAUCUUUGGCAGGGUUUUAGUACUGUAUUAAUGUAGCUUAAUAUUUCUGUUAUAUUUCAGUGCCUUGUGCUAAUCAGUCAAGCUUUGUUGAAGAAAUUUGGUUACUAUAAAGUGGUCUUAUUUUCCUUCUACUUGGAAGCAAUAGCUGCCGCUAUCAUGCUUAUUGUAGGUCCAGAACACUACUACGUAUUGGCUAUUUAUCUUACAGCAAACAUGUAAGUAACUUUAGUUUUAAGAUCAUGACAAUUUUGACCGGGAUUCAGGGAGAUCUACUUCACGUGUGGCCCAGGGGUGGGGGGUAGAGGAGAGGGGAAAGCAAGAUGCCCUCAGUAGGAUCUCCAUGUAUUAUGGAUGGAAUCAAUAGCGGUGGCUUGCUCACAUCUGUGCUGUUCUGGGCCCAGGACAAGCCUUUUGAUUCUCCCUUUCUUCCCCUACACACCAACCAUGUCAGCCAUAGGAACUAGCACCACUGUUUUAAUUCCCACACUAUUCUACCAUAGCAUUGUGGAGUUAUAAAAUGGUAGUGCCUGAGCACUGGGGAAGGUAAAAACGUAUUAAAGGAGCCAAGGUCCUCAAGUAGUGUGGGUCAUGGAGGCACCAACACUAGGUCUCGUUGCAGAGGUCCUCUUACAUUAAGUGCAUGUGGAGGGUUUCAUUCCUAGCCCCAAUGUGCGUUGCUGGAGUAUGCAUAACUCCAAAAAUGGUCACUGUCUGUACAAGCAGUAAUGUCAUUAAUCAGGAAAAUGACUGGUAGUUCUUUGGGGAUUCUUAAGGCAGAUGGGGUCACAGAUGAUUUGGAAUUGAUUACAUUUUUUAUAAGUAAUGGCAAUUGUCCUAAACUGGAGACUAUUGGGAACCACUUAUUCUAGUUUCUCAAAUCUGGAAUGUAUUAUUUUAUUUACUUAUUUAUUUAAAUGAUUUAUAUGCUGCUUAAUCCCCCCUAGAAAAAUGAGACAAGUUAACAGUGAGAUCUUUGGGAGGAAAGCCAAGAUUAAGUUUUCAACAGAAGUGGAACUUAAUCAUUAAUUUCUAGAAUCCUUAUUCUUCUGGGUCCUCAUAUCCUAUUUUCAACUUUGCUGUUUUAUUAAUGUAUUUAUGUAGUAGUUCACUAUAGAAAUAUUUUAUGGUACUAAAAAUAUCCAAAUUUAACUUUUUUUUGUCCAAGGCAAUUCAAAUCUAAGUCACUUCUCUAUCUAUCUAUCUAUCUAUCUAUCUAUUUAUUUAGGGUCAUUGUUCAAGCUUCUUUCAGUCUGUUUAAUUUGCCUUUGGCCGAUAUUGUUGAUGCAGAUUUAAAGAAACAUAAACGGAGGUAAGCAUGGUUUGUUUACUUUUUAUGAUAUGCAAACUUUCAUUGUAGAUAAUAAAUGUUAAAUUGUUUUUCAGUUAUUAUUGGAAAGUCUCAACUCAGCAUGCUUAUUACACUACAUAGAAUUAUUGUUGAUACAUUCUAUAACACUUUUCAGUGUAUGGAGUGCUUUACACUCUCCCCCGCCAAAAAAAAAUACCCAAACAAUUUGUCAGUGACCUUGAGUUGAGCAGUUUGGAGCCUGAUUUUCCCCAAUUUAUUAAAUUAUCCCUAUAAAUUGCAUACAAAAAUACAUAUAUUAGUUGAUGGAUUUUCAUAAGGACUUUUAAACAAAAAAAGGUGCAGUUGAAGUAUAGAAAAUGGAGUUUAAGAUUGGAAGAAUGAGAAACUGAGGAAAGCUGAAGUUGACAGAUUCUUAGUAUUACUAUUGAAGAAUUGAGUAUAAUCCUAAUAGUGGUACAUUCCAGCAUAUAUAAUGCUUGACUGUGUUUGACUAUAACUUUCUGCUGAAGUAUUCAAUUUGCAAUUUAAAUAAUCACUUGCAGUCUAUUAAAAUUAUUGCUUAACAUUUCAGAUUACCACUUUCCUCCAUGGUUUUUGGAACAAAUGCCUUGUUUACAAAACCAGCCCAGUCUUUAGCCCCUAUGCUUGUGGUUACCAUACUAAAUCAAUUUGGUUAUGCAAAUCUGAAUGGGAAGGUUGCUCACCUUGACCCAAGGUAAGUAAGAGACAAUUAAUUGCCAUGGUGAUGUCUUAAUCUGAUGAACCCUUUGGUCUAUUUGGCUAUUACAGCUUUUUUUAUUCUGAAAUUAAAUUGUUGAGAAUUUGUGUUCUGAAACACGUUAUCUGGAAAGUUGCAAUGGUUGAAGAUAAUUUUUGUUUUACUGUAUUCACAAAAAAUUUCUCUUAAGUGCAUUGCAAUUUUCACUUGUGCUUUUUGAACAUGAAAGUUUGCAGGUUUGUCCUGCAAUCAGUCUAGUCCAGGCAUCCCCAACCUGCAGCCCUCCAGAUGUUUUGGCCUACAACUCCCAUGAUCCCUAGCUAACAGGACCAGUUGUCAGGGAUGAUGGGAAUUGUAGUCCAAAACAUCUGGAGGGCCGAAGGUUCCUGGUCUAGUCUGUACUUGGUUAGAUCUUCAUUUGAGUAUAGCAACAGUGUUUCCUGUGUUUGCAGCAACGGGAUGAACAUACCUGACAGAUCACAUAGGUCCAGUUCGCAUGACACGCAAAACUGUUCUUAAACCAUGGUUUAUUGAACAAACCACCCUUAAACCAAAGAACAUUCUGCAGACUACCAAAGUAACUGGUUUGUGUUGUCAUCCUCCAUCCCACUUAGUUCCAGCCCACAACUGUCUCUCCAUCGGACACCCUUCAAGCCUUUGUGGCAACUGCUGGCAUUUCCUCACUAUGUCACUUUCCAUUGGUCAGGUGUGGUAAUCUUUGUGCUGAUCUUCUGCAGCAGUCGUCAAGGAACCACUUUCCUCCCUUCCCCAGAAAAAAAAAUGUCUGUAUAGCUUUGCAGCUUGUAAAAAACAAUUUUGUAACAGCUGUUUUUAUAUUCACAACUGACAACCACUUUUUACUGUACAUUUAUGCUUUUAGAUUUGUAAUCAGAACCUGUGUUGGAGCCACCUUAUUACUACUUCCCUAUCUCUCAUAGGAGGUUUGAAAAACUUGCUUUUACUAAUGUACACUUAAAUAUUUUCAUUUGUGAGUUCUAGUCACUGUCAGGAACAGAAGCUCAUUUUGAAGCCCCUCUCACUCAACACCUGCUCUGUUUCAAUACAGCAUUUCAUUCAUACUCCCAUAAAAACAGUCCUUAAUGUUUUUAUUUCGGUGUGUUAAAAUGCAAACCUUUUCCAUCUCCAAAACUUUUUAAAGAAUUAAUAUUUGCUGCCUGUGAUUUUCCUUGAAAAGUUGACAAGAUUUAUUGAAGGUAAUGAAUAGAUGCCGACUGAGUAACACGACCCCCCUUGGAAACCUAAGUCCUGUUUAUUUGUGUAACUUUGGAUUUAUUGUUAUUUUUCUUUUUAAAAAUCCAGAUUAAUUUUUUUUAUAUUAAGCUGACCAAAUUUAUCAUUCAUUCAUUCAUUUACCAACCAAUAACAGUUAAUCAUCCUGCAGUCAAAACAUCUGCAAAGCAAUAGUUUAAAGAAAUUGCUUUUAAGUGUUCAACUCUCCAGUUCAGACUGCUGCUAUGAAGGGGGUACAGGGUAGAGUUGGGAAAGGAAGAGGAUCCUGUUACCAGACAAAAUGUGCAGCAGCAGCAGCAGCUUCAGGAAAUGCACCAGUGAGAGCAGCUGAGUACUCAGGGCAGCUUGUCUAGUGUCUCUGUUGCUUGGUGGGUGAUGACAAAACAAAUUAUACUUAAACUAUAAUUAAGUAUGUGCCCAUGUUUUCAGGUAACACUAAGCCAUAAUUAAGGCAAUAAGCCAACAAACAAACUAUCUGAACAGACUAUAGUUCAGACACUGCUGGGUUCAGAUGUACAGCUAAGGCAUGGUUUGUUAACUAAGGUUUAUUUAAACCCUCGUUUAACAUAUACAGUGGUACCUCGGGUUACAUACGCUUCAGGUUACAGACUCCGCUAACCAAGAAAUAGUGCUUCAGGUUAAGAACUUUGCUUCAGGAUGAGAACAGAAAUCAUGCUCCAGCGGCGCGGUGGCAGCAGGAGGCCCCAUUAGCUAAAGUGGUGCUUCAGGUUAAGUACAGUUUCAGGUUAAGUACGGACCUCCGGAACGAAUUACCGUAUUUUUCGCUCUAUAACACGCACCUGACCAUAACACGCACAUAGUUUUUAGAGGAGGAAAACAAGAAAAAAAAUAUUCUAAACGAAACAGUGGAUGUAUGAUUUUUGUGGUUCAUGCUGUGGCCACAGACAUGUGAUCUGACGGUGAGUUUGGGGUAGCCCAAUGCAAAAAUCCUGAGGAUCCAUGUGGAUCCAUGCUUUGUAACCACGCUUUUGCGGCCCCAGGCAACAGUGGAUGCGUGAUUUUUUUGGUGCAAGCUGUAGCCAUGGACAUGCUAUGUGAUCUGAUGGUGAAUUUGGGGUGACCCAGUGCAAAAAUCCUGAGGAUCCAUGUGGAUCCGUGCUUUGUAACCAGGCUCUCUGUCCCUCUCUUCUCCCCAUUCAGCGGCUAUUCUCCCGCUUUGCUGUUUCAAAGCGAGCAAAGCGAGCCACGGAGGAGGGAAGGAAGGGGAACCAUGGAUCCUCUGAUCACGACUGCAGCAGAUCCCCCCCGCCAUCUGUAGGCAUUCGCUCCAUAACACGCACAGACAUUUCCCCUUACUUUCUAGGAGGAAAAUUGAGUGUUAUGGAGCAAAAAAUACGGUAAAUACUUAACCUGAGGUACCACUGUAGUGCAAAUUGGGUUAUAGAGAAAGUAGUAUCUUUUUCUCUUUUUUUGUAAACCGCUUUGCUGAAGUAGCCCUAAAUAUAGUUGCAUCAGCCUUAGGUGUCCAGAAACCUCCACAGAAUACCAUACAGCCUGUCUGAAAUAUUGUUAAAAUGAACAAGACCAUUCACAACACGUGCUAGUUUUCAGGCCCCUUCUGGGUACCCCAGCAUAUAAACAGAAUGGUAAAAUGCUUCUGUAAAAUAGGGUCUAAAUGGCAUUGUUCAAUAAAUUCGCAUUCAACACCACUGAUUUCUCAUAAUCAGAUAAAACAAGUUAAAUUUUAUAUAGUAUUGGUAUUCCACUUAAUUUAUGUAUACAAAUGGGGAUAGAUGAUUUCCUAAUUUGAAUUAAGCAUGAUCUUGUUGAAGUGCUGGAACACAACUCUGAUAAAUAUAUACUGCAAUGAGUUUUGUUUUGUAGUGAUUGCUGAAAAAAAACUGAACAUUUAAAAAAAAAACCUUACUUCUCUUCCAGUUUGUUUCUAGGUCUCCACGAUGCCAUGUUCUACAUGAUCUGUCUGGUUCCUCUUUGCAUUGCAGUUAUACAGAUUCUGACAUGGACACCCUUUUCCAUUCAGAAUAGCCACCUUACACUUUGAAAUUGAAUUGCAAAUGUGUGGACCGGGAACGCAACUGUUCUUUUUUACAGAGGUCAGAUGAACAAGAACAUUGGACUUCCUUGAUUCAGGGGGAUCAUCUGCAGCCUGAGCCAGUAAAUUCUUUUCUGUUGUAUCUGUAAAUCUUGUGUGUGCCUUAUCAUCAUGCCAUAUCUCUUUCUAGUUCAACUGUACGCAGGUUAGAGAUACCACAUAGACUUAUUGAGUACACCAAAAUGCCACUACCUCACUGGACGCCUAAGAGAUAAAUGCAUAAUGGUGUGGUGUGAUUCUGUGAACAAUAAAUGUGACAUUCUUUUUAGAAGAACUAAGGGCCCAUGAUAAAUCAUAAGAAGCUGCAUUUGAGCACCCUCUCUCAUAAAAUGUGAAAUGCUACCUCUUUGCUGCAAGUAAAACAAGGUCAUUUCCCCCCAUGGAAUAUUGGAAAAUGUAUGUUAGAUUUCUUUCCCCCAAACUGGUAUAUGGUCUGCAAAACACAACAUGGUUUCUCUACAUGGGAUACCUUAGCUUUGCAGGGGGUUGGAAAGAAGGGCAAUGACAGCAUUGGAGCACAUUGGAUAAAUUUGUACAGUCUGUUCAGCAAAGAAAGCUUUGGCAGUAUUUAGAGGGGGAGGCAUGCAUAUCUGCGCUGUGGAGAGAACAUGAACUGAUGUUUAUGUUUACAUACGCAUACAAGUAGUGCUGAAGAUUGUCAUUGGCAACAGAAAAGGGGGAGACAGAGGGGGAACAGUAUAGUUGAUGCAGCAUAGUGGGAAACCCAAUUAAUCCACAUGGUGGAGAUGCAGGUGGCUGCCUGAAGUGGAGGGCAGAGAAGCUUGCACGGAAGCCUAUGGCUUGUGAUGGGAAAACUUGAUAAUGAAAGAAAAAGUGUUUGGGCGUCUCCAAAGCAUAAUAAAUGUGAUUAAAUCAAACUGCUGGGUUUAUGGGACUGUGGGAAAAAUAAAUUUACUGGGUGGUAGGCUCGUAAGCUUUGGCUUUCUUGGCUGCUUGAUGCCAUGCAAAGAGGGAUAAUCAUAUGUAAAACUGUACUAUAGCCCUUGGAACUUGCAUUAAAAUAUACUAUUUGAAA